AUGGACGUUGUGCUCGUGAACCAAACGUCAGUGACCACGCUCGACGGCAUGCUGCACCUGGACGAAGCGGACGUGGUCGCAUUGGGCGGCACGGUUGCCCAGUUUACGGCCGCACUCGCGCGCCUGGCGCGUCUCGCUCCCGGGGCCGAAGCCAACCUCAAGCUGUACGGCAUCAGCCUCCCGCGGCAGGCGGCCGUGGCGCCGUAUGAGCCCACGCUUCGCACGCAGACGGCACGCUGGGUCCUCGCGUUCAUUGUGCCGACAUCGACAUCGAUGCAGCUGUUUGUCAAGACGAUGUCGGGCUACACGGUGACAGUGACGGCGACACCAGCCUACUCGAUGGCCGAGCUCAAGCGCCGCAUUGCGCGCAAGAUUGGUGGCGGCUACGUCGUCGACCGGCUCAGCUACUGCAGCCGGGAGCUACGGGACGCGGCAACCAUUGGCGACUAUGGACUGCCGCAAUACGCGACGCUGACGGAGCUGCCGCGCUUGCGCGGGGGCAGCGUCGGAGGUCCCUCGACGUCGGUCCUCGAGUCGCGCCCUUUUGUCAAUUUGGGCGACAACAAGCUCCUGGAGACGGUCGAGUUUGCGACGGCGGCGCCGGCGUGGCACCAGUGCAGCACAGCUCAACGUUCACGGUGUGGGAUGCAGCCCUUCAACCUGCUCGUGCACCAAGCCAAGUGCCCGAUGUGUGUCGCGCCCGUGCAGGCGGUCACGUGCGGCUUUCACGACUGUCUGUGGCGGUUUGAGGGCAUUGCGGCGGCGACCAAGAUGCACAUGAGCAGCGAGUGGGCCGAGGCGGCGGGCGGGCGCUACCACCAGUUUGCCCACUGCGUGGACGACAUUGUGCAGUGGCAGAGCCUCGUGCUCAUUGCCAAGCCGCUCGAGAAGGCCGACGACUGCGCGGUGUGCUGCGAACCGCUGGCGAGUGGCGCAACCCGCAAGCUGCCGCGCUGCAAGCACACGUUUCACGUUGCCUGCGCAACCGAGUGGGCGCGCAUGUGUGCGCUGCGCAACCGCCGCCCGAGCUGCCCGAGCUGCCGCACCGCCUACGUCAAGUAG